AUGAGGAGCAUUAACGACUUUUGUUUCGCAGUGCGACCCAGGCUGAUCCUUCAGUACUCCGCGGAGGAGGGCCGCUACGUCCCCUACUACGACAAGGACCCUUACCUCCUCGUGGAUCUGCUGUGCCGCGUCAAGGCCGAGGUCCACCCGUGGAUCCGCCUGAACCGCGUCAUCCGCGACAUCCCCGAGGUGUCCAUCGUGGCGGGCAACUCGAACACGAACCUGAGACAGGUUCUGUCCACGAG